GGAGAUCGUGGAAUGGAUGGUGUUCCUGGGACUCCAGGUUUACCUGGCCUGAAGGGAGAUCAAGGCCUGCCUGGUAUUGAUGGCCUCACUGGGCCAGCUGGACCCAGAGGACAGCCUGGUGGACAAGGAGAAGGAGGGGAGCCUGGAGCUCCUGGCUACCCAGGCCAACCUGGCCCCCCAGGCUUGGAUGGGGAGCCAGGACAACCUGGUUUGAAAGGGCCAAAAGGAGAAAUCGGCCCAAGGGGUGGCCCCGGUCUUCCUGGCCUCUCAGGACCUGAUGGACGGGAUGGACCCAAGGGAGAGAAAGGAGACAGAGGACUUGGUGGAAUUCCUGGAACAGAUGGUCGGGAUGGAUCACCGGGAAGACUUGGUCCUAAAGGAGAACCUGGCCUUAAGGGUGAGCCUGGGCUGACGAUUCUAGGACCUCAAGGCCCUCCUGGCUUGAAUGGGUUAGAUGGUAUUCCUGGUGUGAAAGGCCAGCCUGGUCUGAUGGGUCUACCUGGUCUCCCUGGUGAUUCAGAAGAGGGAUUUCCAGGUCCGGUUGGUGAUAAAGGUUUAAAUGGUGGUCCCGGGCCUGCUGGGCUGCCUGGGCGAGAUGGACGUCCUGGAACACCUGGACCAAAAGGUCGUCCAGGGCAACCUUGCGAACAGUGCUUACCAGGUAGCAAAGGAGCGAAAGGUAUUCUAGGACGAGAUGGCGAACCAGGAUUGCCUGGGGAUGAUGGACUGCCAGGUAUACCUGGAUCUAAGGGAGAGCCUGGAGAUGAUGGACAACAAGGUCUUCCUGGUUUACCUGGUUUACCUGGUGUUCCAGGACUUGAUGGACAACCAGGAAGAGAUGGAAGGAAAGGAGAACCAGCAAUUCCUCGCAUUAUUAAUGGACCUACUGGUUUUAAAGGUGGCGUUGGCCUUCCUGGAUUAACUGGUGAACCAGGCAGAACUGGAUUACCUGGACCUCAAGGUCCUACUGGUGCACCUGGACUUCCAGGAUCUAAAGGAGAACAGGGACUGAGAGGAGUGACUGGCAUUGAUGGUCGUCCAGGCAUCCCUGGAGAACCUGGUCGCCCCGGUGACAAAGGUGAUACUGGCUACAGUAUACCAGGAGACAAAGGUGAUCGUGGGGAUGUUGGCGUCAAUGGAUAUCCUGGAUUACCUGGGACACCUGGAGACAAAGGAGCACCAGGAUUCCCAGGGCCUGAAGGUUUACCAGGACUUCCUGGUCCUAAAGGUCUACGGGGAGAACCUGGCUUGCCUGGUUUGGAUGGCAGUAGAGGGCCUCCUGGACCUAAAGGCAAUGCUGGCUUAGAUGGCUUUUCUGGUGAACCAGGUAUAAUUGGGCCUAAAGGUGACGCUGGUCUUCCUGGAUUACCUGGUGAUGAUGGUCGCCCUGGUGAUUAUGGUCCACCGGGUCCAAACAUUCUGGGUCCUAAAGGUGAGCGUGGACUGCCAGGAAUUCCAGGUCUAAGUGGUCGGCCUGGUCUGAGAGGCCCUGAUGGUCUGCCUGGAGUUCCAGGUCCCCCGGGUGAUAAAGGUUUUGCUGGAGAAGCUGGCUUACCUGGCAUUCCAGGACUUGAUGGUUUCCCUGGAGAACCUGGCCCAGUAGGAGAACCAGGACCUCGUGGCGAGAAAGGUCUCCCUGGUUUACCUGGCAUGCCUGGGGAUUCUGGUCCGCCCGGAGAAAUAGGUUCAGAUGGAAUUCCUGGGUUUCCUGGAAGUAAAGGAGAGAGAGGUGUAUCUGGUCUACCAGGAAUGGAUGGCCUUCCUGGAUUUGAUGGACCCGCAGGUCCUCAAGGUCCUAAAGGAGCCGCUGGUCUCCCUGGACUUCCAGGACCCAAGGGUGAGACUGGUGAUGCUGGUCCCAAUGGUGAGCCAGGUCGCAUUGGUGAUCAAGGAAUGCAAGGUUUGCCUGGUAUGAAGGGUGCCAAAGGCAGUGCAGGAAAACCAGGCAUAGCGGGCACACCUGGACCUAUUGCAUUUUUUUUAAAAUCAGGUCCUAAGGGUGAUCCAGGUUUGCCUGGACCAGACGGCUUAAAUGGAGCUCCAGGUGAGCCUGGCUUUCCAGGAGUUGGACGAGAAGGUGUGAAUGGACUAAAGGGAGAAACUGGAGAUCCUGGAGUAGGUAUACCUGGACCACCAGGCAGAGAUGGAGAAAAGGGAAAAGAUGGUGAUCCUGGAAGACCUGGCUUAGGUGGCCUGCCUGGAGAGAAAGGUUUGGCAGGUUUUCCAGGAAUACCAGGUGACAAGGGACAACCUGGAGAGCCUGGCCGACCUGGAGCUCCAGGUCUUGACGGAAUUCCUGGUCCAGUUGGCUUACCUGGUCUUCCUGGACUGGAUGGUUAUCCUGGUCCUAAAGGCCCGCGGGGACUUAAUGGAAUAGACGGAGCUACUGGACAACCUGGCCCCAAAGGUCAAAAGGGUGAUGCUGGGUUGCCAGGGUUGCCAGGUUUUAAAGGAGAGAGAGGUCUUCCAGGGCUUGAAGGGGCACCAGGCUCACCUGGUGCCAAGGGAGAUUCCGGAAUACCUGGAAUGCCUGGUCUGCCAGGGUUAGAUGGAGUUAAAGGCCGUCCGGGUUUUCCUGGAGAACCAGGUGUCCCUGGCGACGAUGGUCUCCCAGGUGAAAGAGGGUCAGAUGGACUGCCAGGCCUUCCUGGGUUCAAAGGAGAGAGAGGUCUGGAUGGACCACAAGGAUCUUCAGGACUGCCUGGACUGUCGACUCAGGGGUUGAAAGGUGAACCAGGUCGUGAUGGAGAACCUGGCAGGAAUGGAUUACCUGGAUUAAAGGGUGAAGCUGGUAUGGAUGGCUUAGAUGCAAUGCCAGGUGAGAAAGGUGACCCUGGAGAUGUAGCUCAGCCCGGAGCUAGGGGUCUGAAAGGUGAUCCUGGACUUCCUGGUCGAGAUGGACGUGAUGGCCCCAAGGGUGAACCUGGUGAUUCUGGGCUGCCAGGACUACCUGGUCCAAAAGGAGACAGAGGUCUUGAUGGAGCAGCUGGGCAGCCUGGCCCUGCAGGGCAACCUGGACCUGAAGGACCUAAAGGAUUUGAUGGUCUUCCUGGGCCACCUGGAAUGCCUGGCAUUAAAGGGCUGCCAGGUUUGUCUGGUCGAGAAGGACCACAAGGUCCCAAAGGUGAAAGAGGCUUUCCAGGCUUGCCAGGAGAUAAAGGCCCAAUAGGCCCACAAGGUUUACCUGGAGAUGCUGGAACACCUGGAGACCCAGGAACCUGUGACUAUACCCAGCUGCCCCCUGGAACCCCAGGUCCCCCAGGAGAUAAAGGAGAGCCUGGUUUGCCAGGUCUUAAAGGAGACCGUGGUCUGGAUGGCUUGCCAGGUUUACAAGGACAAUUUGGACCUAAAGGUGAAAGUGGCCUUCCAGGCUUCAAAGGUGAAAUUGGUCCUAUUGGUGACAGGGGUCGUGAUGGUCUUCCAGGGGUUCCUGGAGGUCCAGGACUUGAAGGUCCUACAGGUCCCCCAGGCCCACCAGGUGUCCCAGGAGCAUCUCCACCUACAGGAUUCCUGUUGGUGCGCCACAGUCAGUCCCGAGAUGUGCCACAGUGUGCCCCAAACCAGAUCAAACUGUGGGAUGGCUACAGCUUGCUGUAUAUAGAGGGCAAUGAAAAGUCACACAAUCAAGAUUUGGGCUGGGCGGGCUCGUGUCUGCAAAGAUUCAGCACCAUGCCGUUCCUGUUCUGUAACAUAAACAACGUCUGCAACUACGCAUCACGAAAUGAUCGCUCCUAUUGGUUGUCAACCAGUGCACCAGUUCCCAUGAUGCCUGUGGUGGAGAAUGAGAUCCAGCCAUACAUCAGUCGUUGUGUUGUGUGUGAUGUGCCCAGCAAUGUUGUUGCCAUACACAGCCAAACUGUGACAAUACCUGAGUGUCCUAGAGGCUGGAACAGUCUUUGGAUUGGAUAUUCAUUUGCAAUGCACACAGCAGCAGGACCUGGAGGUGGAGGUCAGUCCCUGUCCAGUCCUGGAAGCUGCCUGGAGGACUUCCGUCCGACUCCAUUCAUUGAGUGUAACGGUGCUCGCGGCACCUGCCACUAUUUCGCAAAUAAACUCAGCUUCUGGCUAGCAACAAUAGAACAAAAUGCGCAGUUUUCUACACCAAUAAGUCAAACAUUGAAGGCAGGCAACUUGCGAAACCGUGUCAGUAGAUGUAUUGUUUGUACUAAAAAUGUGUGA